CAGGAGGCGAGUCGGUACUCGGGCAGCGAGCGGGACACAGGAGCUGCCGCCGCCUCGGCCGGGGCUUAAUCGCAGCCGCUCGCACGGACGGCGCCGCGGGACCGGGAGCCGGUGGGUGAGGGACGAACGGACUGAGGGACGCCGCUUCCCGGAGGGGGCAGCGGGCGGAGCCGCCGCCCGGAGGAGAAGUUUGGCCGAAGCGGCCGCCUUCGCUGAGAGAGGAAACUUUCCUCGGGGGGCCGGAGGCGGGGGCGGCGGGAAGGAGCCGCGGCACGCUCGGGUCCGCCGCCUGGCGAGGGGGCUUCCGAGAGGCUCCCCCCCGGCCCAGGCCGGGCUGCGGCGGCUGGGAUGUACCUGGCAGCGGUCUCGGCGGGGAGGAGACGCCCGGGCGGAGACGUCGGCUGGCACCUGGCGGCGGCGGGGUGGCUGUUCCUGCUGGCCCUGCUGCUGGGCGACUCGGGGACGCGGGCGCUCGUCUGCUUACCCUGCGACGAAUCCAAAUGCGAAGAACCGAAGAGCUGCCCCGGUAGCAUCGUGCUGGGUAUCUGCGGCUGUUGUUUCAUGUGCGCUCGGCAACGGAACGAGAGCUGCGGGGGAGUCUAUGGGCUGCACGGGGCUUGCGACCGGGGCUUGCGCUGUGUCAUCCGACCGCCGCUCAACGGAGACUCCAUCACCGAGUACGAAGUGGGCGUCUGCGAAGAUGAAAACUGGGACGAUGAUCAGCUUCUUGGAUUUGAACCAUGCAAUGAAAACCUUAUAACAGGUUGUAACAUAAUCAACGGGAAAUGUGAAUGUGACACCAUUCGGACCUGUAAUAAUCCGUUUGAAUUUCCAAGCCGGGAUACUUGUCUGUCGGCCUUAAAAAGGAUUGAAGAAGAGAAACCUGAUUGCUCCAAGGCCCGCUGUGAAGUCCAGUUUUCUCCUCGCUGUCCAGAAGAUUCCAUCCUGAUUGAAGGUUAUGCUCCUCCUGGUGAAUGCUGUCCACUCCCAAGCCGUUGUGUGUGUAAUCCUGCAGGCUGCUUGAGGAAGGUUUGCCAGCCCGGCUAUUUGAAUAUAUUGGUUUCUAAGGCAUCAGGAAAGCCAGGGGAAUGCUGUGACCUCUAUGAAUGCAAACCAGUGUUCAGUGUGGAUUGCAGCACAGUUGAAUGUCCUCCUGUUCAACAAGUUGUUUGCCCCCUGGAUAGCUAUGAAACCCAAGUCAGGCUGACGGCUGAUGGCUGCUGCACUCUGCCCACAAGAUGCGAGUGUCUCACUGGUUUAUGUGGUUUCCCCAUGUGUGAGGCAGGCUCCGUUCCCCAGAUAGUCUCACGUGGAGAUGGAACACCUGGCAAGUGCUGUGAUGUCUUUGAAUGUGUCAAUGAAGUGAAGCCAACUUGCAUAUUUAACAGCAUGGAAUAUUAUGAUGGAGACAUGUUUCGGAUGGAUGCUUGUCGGUUUUGUCGAUGCCAGGGUGGAGUCUCCAUUUGCUUCUCUGCCCAGUGUGGUGAGCUACACUGCGACAGGUACUAUGUGCCAGAAGGGGAGUGCUGCCCCGUGUGUGAAGACCCACUUUAUCCAGUAAAUAACCCUGCUGGCUGCUAUGCCAAUGGUCAGAUCCAAGCUCACGGAGACCGCUGGCGAGAGGACGACUGUACCUUCUGCCAGUGCAUCAAUGGAGAUCCACACUGCGUUGCCACGGCCUGCGGACAGAGCUGCCUAAAUCCUGUUAAAGUCCCCGGGGAGUGCUGCCCGGUGUGUGAAGAACCAACUUAUAUCACAAUAGGUCCGCCCACCUGUGAGGCUUUGGUGAACUGCACUUUGACUGAAAAAGACUGCAUCUAUAGCUUCAAGCUGGACCAAAAUGGUUGUCGCAUUUGUCAGUGCAAAACCAGGGAGGAGCUGUGCACCGGCCUCAUUUCGGGCUGUUCCUUGGACUGUUCCUUCGGCUUCCAGACUGACAUCCACAACUGUGAGAUCUGUCAGUGCCGACCACGGCCUAAGAAGUGCAAACCCAUUGUAUGUGACAAGUACUGUCCCUUUGGAUACUUGAAGAACAAGCAUGGCUGUGAAAUCUGUCGGUGUAAGAAAUGCCCAGACCUGCCUUGUAGUAAAAUCUGUCCGAUGGGCUUCCAGCAGAACAGUCAUGGCUGUGUUAUCUGCAAGUGUAGAGAAUACAAUAGGAUAAGCUAUGGGAACAUAGCACUCGAAGACAGUGUAUGA